UUUCUCUCUCUCUUCACUCUGAGGGCAGGGGGGGUUUCCAAUUCUAUAUAUGUGCAUGGUGUCUUAGGCAGAACUCCAUUUAGCAAUCAAAGCAGAGAGGGUAAGGAAAAAGGAAACCCAGAAAAGAGAGUGAGAGGAAAAAAACACAGAAACAGAAACACAUUCUAGUUAUAACCAAGUCAAGUAGAGGUGGCAAUUCUUCUCUCUCUUUCUGUUUCCGUGUAAGUGUAGGUAGAGAGAGAGUUGUGGUAGCUGCUGCCAUGCCAUAGACACAGAGAGAGAGAGCUUUUACCAUUUAGAUUGGUUUCUUUCUGGGUUGUGUUGGUUUUUUGUGGGUUUGUUGAGGUCUGGCUGUUUGGGUUAUUUUGAGCAAAGAUCAGCUACCCACCUGAGAAAAAAAAUACAGCAAAAACAAGCCAUCCAUCAUAUAUAUAUACAGUCUUUAAUUAAGUCCUAGAAUAGAAAUACAAGUGUUGCGGAGGGGGAAAAGAAGAGAAGAGAAAAGCAAAGCAAAAAAUGGGUCGGGGGAGAGUGCAGCUGAAAAGGAUAGAGAACAAGAUCAACAGGCAGGUGACUUUCUCAAAGAGGAGAGCCGGUCUGCUGAAGAAAGCCCACGAGAUCUCUGUUCUCUGCGAUGCUGAAGUCGCCCUCAUCGUCUUCUCCCACAAAGGGAAGCUCUUCGAAUACGCCACCGACUCCUGCAUGGAGAAGAUACUUGAGCGGUAUGAGAGGUAUUCAUAUGCUGAGAGGCAGCUUGUAGCUUCUGAACUUGACACCCAGGGGAACUGGGUUGUGGAGUACAACCGGCUGAAGGCCAAAAUUGAACUUCUGGAAAGGAACCACAGGCACUAUAUGGGGGAGGAGCUGGACACCAUGAGCACCAAAGAGUUACAUAACUUGGAGCAGCAGCUUGAUUCUGCUCUCAAAAACGUUCGCUCCAGAAGAAACCAACUGAUGCAAGAGUCCAUCUCUACCCUUCAGAGAAAGGAGAAGGCAAUCCAAGAGCAAAACAAUGUUCUAGCCAAGCAGGUCGAUCAAGGAGAAGGAGAAGGAGAAGGUGGUGGGCGUGGCAGAACAUCAACAUCAGCAGCAGCAUCAGCAGCAGGCAUUCUGGACACACCAAAACCAGCAUGCUCCAAGCCCUUCACAUUUCCUUCUCCCGCAGCACGCACCACCACUACCUUGCCUAAGCGUUGGGUAAGUUUUAAUCAUUUUGCACAAACUUGUUAUUCAUCUUACCAAUUAAACGACCUCGAUCACCGGAUCUUGUUUGGUUAUGCAGUGGGACUAGUUACCAUGAAGAUCAUCACCACCACCAUCAUCAGGGUUCGGAAGGCAGGACGAGCAGGAAUGACCUUGACCUCACUCUGGAACCCAUUUACUCCUGCAACCUUGGCUGCUUUGCUGCCUGAGAAUUAAGAUUUCGGCCGGGGGAACAUCAAAGGAGGAGUUCAGUAUCAGGCUUUCAGCCAUGCACUCUUAUUAUAUAUGCACUGGCUAGCCAAGGCUGCUACUUUUGGUUGGCUUAUUUAGCUCUUUAAUUGUAUGUUUUGGGCACUAAACCAUGAAUGUUGAACUUGUUUUUAUGCAUUAUAUGUAGUUUAUAAGCAACUUGGAGAGGUGAAAGGGAACUUGGGGAAGGAACCGGAUUUUGAUUUAUUGCUCAUGUUUGAUCUUCUUUUGGAGAUUAUGCUGGUGUAUGUGUAUAUUAUGAAUUUAGAGCCAAUUCCUGUUUCAUCUUCUUUUGGAGAUUCUGCUGAUGUUUCACUUCAGAUUCUGGAUAAUUAGGAUUAAUUCAUCAAUACUUUUAUGGUUGAUGAAGUGAAACUGGG